CUCUCGUGUGGAUUUCCGUGUUUUGCCCAAACCCAUUCCUGGGAUGCGGUGGGAGGUGGUGCACGCGGACGCGGGAGAGGUUGCCGACGGGCGGACAUCAGAGGCGGAAGGGAUUUGUGGCCCCGGCGUCCGGUGGGGUCACAGCUGCAACACCGUCCAGGGAGGAAGGUACCUGUACGUUUUCGGUGGAUACGGCCACAACAAACGCCAGACCAACGAUGUCCACGUCUUCGACACCGCUAUGAAGUCAUGGAGUAAACCAACAUUGAAGGGUACUCCGCCCUCACCUAGGGAUAGCCAUAGUUGCACCACUUUAGGUGAUAAACUAUUUGUUUUUGGUGGCACAGAUGGAAAAAAUCCACUCAAGGACACAUAUAUUCUAGAUACAUUAUCAAAUACUUGGAUUGCACCAAAUUUAUUUGGUGAGGGACCAAAUGCACGUGAAGGGCAUGGCGCUGCACUUGUUGAUAAGAGGAUUUUCAUCUUUGGUGGUUGUGGGAAAUCUGAGACUCAAGAAGAGAAGUAUUAUAAUGAUCUUUACAUAUUGGAUACAGAGAAACUAACUUGGGAACGUGCUGUAACUUCUGGCUCUCCACCUUCUGCACGUGAUUGUCAUAGUUGCUCAGCAUGGAAAAACCAGAUCAUAGUCCUUGGUGGUGAAGAUUCUUCGGGUUUCUAUUUGUCUGAUGCUUACAUCCUAAAUGCAGACACACUUGGGUGGGAGCCACUGAAGACUUUCGGAAAGAUCUUUCCUCCGCGCGCUGGGCAUACAACUGUGGCACUUGGGAGUAAUUUAUUUGUAUUUGGUGGUUUCUUUGAUGCUAAGAGCCUUUAUGAUGACCUUUAUGUCCUCAAUGUAGAGAGCCGGAUUUGGAGCAAAGUUAUACCAGAAAACCAAGGUCCCUGUGCUCGUUUCGCAGUAGCUGGUGACUGCUUGGACCAAUGGAAAGGAGAUCUUGUCUUUCUAGGAGGAUGUAGUGAAUCUCUUUACGCCCUUGAUGACAUGUACUAUUUACAUACAGAUAUCCCCAUUGUGAAUGGGAUAUGUGAUAGAAGACCAGAGAAGCUCUGUAUAAGAAGGGAUUUGAAGAAAAUGUAUCAGCAAGAGGAUCUUCUCUAUCCAGGAAACAUAAAGGAUAACAUUUUUUUGAAGCAUUCUUAUCGACUGCAUGAAAUUAACCAGGCAGACUCAAAAUUAUCUUAUCACAAGUCUUCUGGAAAGGUCAAGUUUGAGGCUAGGGUGAUAAAUUUAAACAAAUUCGGGUAUGUAAUUGAAACAAUCAUCGACGGAAAAUUGCUCCAUGGCAUGUUGUUUUCUUCCACAUCAAAUAUUAGCAAAGAUAAUCAUGUCCAUUGCAGAAUGGCUGAUGACAAUAGUAAUAAGGAAAACACCGACCUUCCUACUUAUGUGACCAGUACACCUGUUGAGAGAGGGAAAAUAUCAGAUCAGGAGCAACUUGAUAGUCCUGGUGCAAAAAAACCAAGAAAUUCCAACCCCUUUAUUGAUAUUCUUGGUUCAAAUUUGACCAAUUUAACGCCUAGUGUUAAGGCAUCGUGGAAUGUAGAACCGGUGUCUAGAGUAUUUUUAGACGUGGAGUAUGAUGAUUCUUCCGAUGCCCCAAAAGUUCCAAUCGAUCAGACCCUAUCUGGGAAUUUCUCUGCUUCAGCCCCAGAAUCCUCAUUUCUGAAUCAAGGAGUUGAACAAUGGAAUUCAAGCGGCAGGCAAAUGAGAUAAAAAUGGCAUUUGAAGAUGUGCAAAAUGGUGCGGCAUCCUCCUGGUCGAUUGUUGGAUCUCCAUAACCAUAUAAAGCAUGGCAAGCAUGAUGGACUACUUAACAAACUGAAGAUUAACACCCAACUUUGAAUGGGCAGUACGAUACACUUGGGCAGGCUGACAGUGGAUCUAACCAGGAAUUAAUAACCUUCGUCCUUCGCCGUCAUCAGUUGUGUUCAAGUUUCCCAUUAGUUAGCAAAAGCUCUGUGUCUAAGCAUAAGGCUGGAUCUAUCUCAUUUCACUUGUCAAGGACAAUAAAGAACUGUGUAACAUAGUCAUGGGAGAAAGCUCAUUUAUUAGACUGAGUAUUC